UUUUCAGAGUGAGAGAGAGAGAGACUUUCGAUCCAACGACCUCUUCCUCUUCGGUAGGUUUCGUCCGAUCUGAACAGACUGACGAUAUAGAGAGAAAGAUAAGGAUUUGUAGAGAGAGAGAGAGAGAGAAGAGAGCUGAAAAUGGCGUCUUUUGAUGAUACAUACAACGAUGGAGCCGAAAUUGAGGCUACAUCGCGGCCCUUCGAUGACGAUGGCUACAUCGGCUACGACCCUCGCCUUCAGUCCCAGCACUACGAUUUCGACCUCCCCGCUGCCGUCGAUGACGGUGCACCUCCGCCUAUUUACCACAGCAACGACGACUUCGGCGCCGCCGGUGACGACGUCAAUAACAAUCCGGAUUCGAUGGAUGGCUACGGGUUUGAAUCGGGCCCUAACCCUGACUACCCUCCGUCGCCGUUCGAGUCGUCUGUUCCCGAAUUGAACGGCAAUGGGAAGCCUUAUGAUCUCGGAGCUGACACAGAGGGGCUAUUCACUGGUUCCGAUGGUCCUCUGCUUCCGGACCCUAGCGAGAUGAGAGAGGAAGGUGCUGCUUUUCGCGAGUGGCGUCGCCAAAAUGCCAUUUAUCUUGAGGAAAAGGAGAAGAAGGAGAAGGAGAUGAGGAUCCAGAUCAUUAAUGAAGCUGAGGAGUACAAACAAUCUUUCUAUGAGAAAAGGAAGCUCAACUGCGAGACUAACAAGACCCAGAACAGAGAGAGAGAGAAGCUGUACUUGGCCAACCAAGAGAAAUUCCACAAAGAAGCCGACAAACAGUACUGGAAGGCAAUAGCGGAGAUCAUUCCUCGUGAGGUCGCUAACUUUGAGAAGAGGGGACGGAAGAAGGAUGAAGAAAAGAAGCCUUCAGUAAUGGUCAUUCAGGGCCCAAAGCCCGGUAAACCUACUGAUCUUGCCAGAUUUCGGCAACUUGUUUUGAAGCUGAAGCAAAACCCUCCGCCUCACAUGUUACCUCCCCCACCUCCACCUGCAAAGGAUGGCAAAGAUGAGAAGGGUGGGAAGAAGCAUGCAAAGGGCACGGAAGGGAAAGAUGCGAAGAACGGAAAAGAUGCAGUGGCUGCCACGGAAGGGAAAGAUGCCAAGGAUGGGAAAGAUGCAGUGGCGGCCACGGAAGAGAAAGAUGCCAAGGAUGGGAAAGAUGCAGCCGUGGCCACGGAAGAGAAAGAUGCCAAGGAUGGGAAAGAUGCAGCAGUGACCACGGAAGCUGGUGGGGCUGCUGAUGCCGAGAAAGCUGUUUCACCUGCCAAAGAUGCUGCUGCUACUGCAACCUCUACCAAUAGUGGCCCUGAUGCACCUAAACCAGAUGUGCCUAAACCAGAUGCGCCUGCUGCCACUGAAGGGGACCAAGUUGCAGAAACCGAACCAGCAUCUGCUUGAUGACUAACGGAUGAUUUUAUAAUUAAUUUCUUCCUAAUUGAUUGUGUCUUUUAAUUUUUUGUUCUUUUGGGCAGAGUUAUCUGAAUAUGCUUCUUACCAUUCAGCAUAGAGAAUAAGAGAGCAGCCACAUUUUGAGUUUUGAGCCACAUUUUGAGGCUUCAUGGCAUGAAGCAUGUGCUGCGGAUAACUUUUGUUUUUCUUCCUAACUUGUUUUUUUAUGGUUGGGAUUAUUUUGUUUCAGACUAAACUAUGAUGUUGAUUAAACGUGCUUUUUGGCACUCAGAUAUUUUACCACGUUAUUAAUUUAGCAUUUUCUCUUUCUUUGCA